ACUGAACAAAUACAAAAUAGAGAAAGAGAGCGAAGAAAAAAGAGAGAAAAAAAGACGGAGCUGAAGAGAAAAAGACCAAAUAGAAAAUAACAUUGAAAACGAAUUAGAGCGAGUCUGGGCUGAAAAAAAGAGAAAAAAAUUCCCUCCACAACAACAAAAACAACAACAACAACGACGGCGAUAACGACAAUCUUACUCUCUUUAUCUUCCUCGCUAUACUUUUCAGCUUGAAUUGUGAACGCAAAAACUGAUCGCAUCAAUUGUUAAAAACUUUUCGCGCAUCUAGCACGAACACGCAAAACGAGAAAUUUUCGAUAAGUUCCAGAAAACGACCAGCAAAAACAAAAAAAGCAUAAGGAAUUACGGAAUCACGAAACAUUUCCCAAAAAAAUGUAAUGUAAUGUAACAACAUUGGAACGCCUCUGAUCGAAUAUGGCCUGGAAGUAGCCGCCGUUGACUCGGAUAAACGUUUCUAAUAUGAAUGGAUGGUGAAUAGGUGACAAAGCCGAUGAAACAACGACCGAAAAGCACGCAACUGAAGCCAAAAUAAAAGAAGAGAAACAAAAAAAAACAACAAUAGAAAAACUAAAACAUUUUCUCUAGUGAACUUGAAUCGCUAUCGUAUGGACAGUAUGAAAUGCGUGUGUAAUAUGAACAUAUGAGUAAAAGCAAAGUGCAAAAUGAAGUCAAAAUUUUGAAACCAAAUCAAAUUAGCGACGACCAAAAAAUAUUUUGUGAGUGAGAAACAGUAUAUGUAGUUCGAGUCUAUAUUAUUUGGCAUAUUCGCAUAUUUGCAAAUUUGAUAAUUGAGGAGCGUUGCACAUGCAUAAAAAGAUACACAGGAUGGCGAAAUUUAAGCAUCGCCGAGCACGAGCCCGUAAUCGAAUGAUGACGAUAUGGAAUGUGUUGUUAAUUUGCUACUUUAUUGAAAUUGCAAAUAAUGUAGCACUAUCAAUAAUUGCACAGAACAUCGAAGAUAAUAUGGAAUCAAUGCACGUUGUUGAAGCUGUCAAAGGAACAAUAGGUCGUUUACCAUGCAAUAUAACGCCAUCAGUGAAAGGCGAUAAAAUUAUAUUAGUAAUCUGGUAUAAAGAUGGAUAUUCAGUGCCAAUUUAUAGUUUCGAUGCCCGGAACACCGACUUUGAAAAAGGUUCUCAUUGGCUGGAUGAAAAGAAUUUGGGCAGUCGUGCUUAUUUCCAGGCAUCAUCUAAUCCAGCUUCAUUGAUUAUUAAUGAAGCACAAGAUUCGGAUAGUGGCAUCUAUCGUUGCCGUGUCGAUUUCCACAAGAGUCCAACAAGAAAUUCACCCGUACAACUCAAAAUUAUACUGCCACCGGAAAAAUUAUCAAUUUCGGAUGAAAGUGGUACACAUAUACCACAUUAUACAAUUGGACCGUACAACGAAGGUAGUUCAGUGAACGUCACAUGCGUAUCGACAGGAGGUAGACCAUUGCCAAACGUAACGUGGUGGCACGAAACGACACUACUGGAUGAUACAUCUGUCAUUUUGUCAGGGAAUCGUGUAAAAAAUGUGCUUAAUCUUCAAAAAAUUGAACGACGUCAGCUCCACAUCGUAUACACAUGUCAGGCAUCAAAUAAUAAUGUUACCAUGCCGAUCGUCAGUUCAAUCACGUUGGAUGUGAAUUUGCGUCCAUUGUGGGUGAAAUUACAAGGAGAAAAUCGUCCAUUAUCAGCUGAUAAUGAAUAUCAACUAUGGUGUGAGGUGGUCGGUUCUCGGCCCUCGCCUUUGAUUACUUGGUGGAAGGGCAGCACGCCGAUGCGGAAUACACGAGAGAUUAUUUCGACCGAUGGUAAUGUCACGCAAUCUGUAUUGAGUUUCACUCCAACCAUUGAUGAUCGAGGAAAGUAUUUGUCAUGCCGUGCUGAACAUACAUCUAUACCAGAGUCAGGCACCGAAGACGGUUGGAAAUUGGACAUUUAUCAUACACCAGUUGUUACUCUUGAGUUUGGAACUAAUUUAAACACAUCCUUUAUACGCGAGGGAGCCGAUGUAUAUUUUGAGUGCAAUAUUAAAUCAAAUCCCUGGGUGUACAAAGUCAGCUGGCGUCAUAAUGGUAAAACGCUCGACAACAAUGUGCCAGAGGGAAUAAUCGUAGCUAACCAGAGUUUAGUGUUGCAGAAUGUAAGUCGAAGCAAAAGCGGCCUUUAUACGUGUAUUGGGAGCAAUCGUGAAGGUGAUGGAGAAAGUAAUCCAGUGCAUUUGGACAUUAAAUUUGCUCCAGUUUGUCGUCCAGGCCAAAAAACGAUUUACAGUGGCGGUCGUCAAGAGACUAUCAAAGUUUUAUGCGAAUUGGAAGCCAAUCCACAUAACGUCACAUUCAAUUGGAAGUUCAACGCAUCAGCAACAGAAUUCCUCGAUUUGCCCGCUUCACAAAUUUUUCCCGAACGACAUAAUGCCGUUGCACACUAUACACCGAUGACAGAACAUGAUUAUGGCACGCUUUUAUGUUGGGGCAUCAAUGAGAUUGGAACACAGAUCGAACCAUGCAUUUUUAUCAUCAUACCAGCCGGUCGACCAGAUUCUUUAACUAAUUGCACGGUAUUGAAUCAAACGUACAGCGGAUUCCAAAUUGAAUGCACCGAAGGAUUUGAUGGCGGUUUACCACAAGAGUUCAUUUUGGAAGCUUAUGCCAAUGGCCAAAAGCAGAACCCAAUCAUACUCAAGUCACAAACACCAUACUUCGAAUUACGAAACUUGAUUUCGGGCAUUGAAUACAAUGUAUUCUUAAUAGCACAGAAUGCAAAAGGCCGCAGCAACUCAACCAUACGUCAAGUAUAUACUCUGAAUAAUCCGGAAAAACAAACCGAUACAUCAUCGCUGUUGGCAUCGACGCCAUCGCUUGCCAAACUAAAAUCAUUGUUGCCAUUUUUGCUGUUUGGUUGUGCGGGUGCGAUUGCAUUAACGGCAAUCAUUGUUGUGUUUAUUAUAAGAAAACGCGCCAAUCAAAGCAGUAACAACACCAAUGAUGCGAUGGGCGAUCAAUCGACGACCUGCGGCAACAGUGAUCGUUGCGAAACAGCAUCCUAUGCACUUAACACUCAACGAACACUACAAUCAUCACAAGAAGUUGCACGUGAUUUAUGUGCAGAUAGCAGUGAAACGCUGGAAAAGAACCCCGAUAUAAUUCCCAAUUUAGGAACGACCCUAAAUGAGAAGGAAGAGGACGAAAAGGGUUUCGAAUGGAUAAAUAAUAGCAAUCAUCCGAGAAUUUAUGCGACAACAGCCGUUGCUGAACAAAAUGCGCUUAGUACAUUUAAUUUUACAAUACCCAAAGAUGUAAUACCACAUCCAUGGCCAAAUGUUUAUGCUCAGCAGCGUAUACCACAUCCAUUUCCUCAUCUCUCGUUACCACAGCCAACUGAUGGAAUGAUAGACACAAUGGCAAUGUCACCAAAUGCCGUGGCAUCCCUUCAACAGAAGCAACAUCAAACAUUCAUCCCGCCACCAACGCAAAAUAAAUAUGCUCACAUGCACAACGAUUUAACUUAUGCUGAACUUAUGGUCACAUCGCCAGUGCAACGAGUGCAUUUUACAUCGACCUUAGGACGACCACGAACAUCAAACAUGAAACAACAGGAACCAACAAUAUACGCUCAAAUCGAUUUGGCGCGGCCAAACGCAAUGUAUGCAGCCAAUUCGAUGUAUAUAACGAACAGCGCAACUGGUGUAACAAUAUCUCAUCCAUCCAACGCGUUUCCGCCUCCACCAGCUGUUUUUGCCAACAGGCCGACAAUGCCAACAAUUAAUUUAAUAAACGCUUCGAAUGAUACGACGAGUGAUGGUAAUAGCACAAUUACAACUACAGCCAGCAGCAGCAGCAAUAUCAACAACAGUAGCAGCAACGCCAACAAAAGGGACAUUUCCACUGACACAACGAAUUCAAAGCAUCCCGUCUCAUUGUUGCAAACUGUGCCCGAAAUUCCGCAGCCACCAACAAGAAUGGAAAAUUCCUCGAAUGCAUUGUGUGACAGAACAUUAGCAAAUAAUACAACAAGAUUCUGACUAUAAACGAAAUGAUAUUAACAACAAAAGUAAUAUAUAUAGAAAACAGACAGAUAAACAAACAAACGAACGGGAAUCGCUUAAAAUUCGCAAUCUAUCACAUUUCAACCAAAUGAAAUUGGAUUGGCCGGAAUGAGAGUAGAUUGGAUCAAAAAUGUGGAAUAAAAAUUUGGAAUAAAAAUGUGGGCGCUUUAUUGAUAAUGGCGAACACGAGAAUAGAUCGAUAUGCAACCAGAUUGGCCUCGAAAUGCAGCACAAAAGCAUAUGAGUUCAAAUUGCGAUAUUAUUGUACAAACAGCAGCCCAUAUAUACAUUAAGUGCCACACUAAGCGAAACACUUUUUGAUUUCUCUUAUUUUGACUCCCCAUUAAAUUUUACCAUUUGCUGCCAUCGUGUUACACUGCCACCACAAUCACCGUUUCAAUGCAGAGCGCUGUCGGUUGACUCCAAUUCCUAUCUCCGUCUAUUUCACUCCAUUGUGUAUGUGUGUCUCUCUGUGUGCUUCUUAAUUAAUUUUUCUAGUUUUAUUUUUGUUUCCAAAUGUUAUUGCCAUCAUUAUUGAGGGAACAAGAGAGGAAAGAAAUGCUGAAGUUAUUUCUGCGUAAAGUUUUCUUCUGUUCAUAUUCACGGCCUAAAUUUCAUUUGAAUUUGACUCUGGACAAAGCCAAAAAUACGAACGAAACAGAAGCGAACAACCAUUGACAACAAAAAGUAUGAACAUUAAACGCAGUGAAAAUACUCAACAAUAAAAGAAACGAAGGGAAAAAACAGAAAGAAUCAAAUAGAAAAUGCAAAAUAAUAAUGAGAGAAAGAGAACGAACAAAAGUGAGACAAUUGUUAUCACUCGACAGAAAUUUAAACACGAACGACUAGUGCUAAUGGAAUGUAGUGUGAAAUAAAAUGUUUGGGAUGGAGUGUGCCGAGUGUUGGUCUUCGCCGAAGAGAGUGGCCUAAAAACGUAUUCAUCAACACACACACACACACACACACACACACAUUUAUAACAAUAAAUACAAUGUUCCAAAUGAAUGCGUUUGCUUUCGAAUCUCUAGCGACAUUCAAAAAUACAUCCAUGCAUUCAAUCACUUGGCUCGUUCCCCAACGACGGCGCUCACAACACAGUACUUAUGGUAAGAUGAAUUAAUUUAUUCAAUCGAAAUGUUAGAUAGAAAUAAAUUCAAGCCAAAAUGCAAAACAUAAAAGGCAUUUUUAAAACAAGAGAUUCCCUUUUUAUGGAAAUGACAAAACAAAAUACACACUCACACACCGAACGUUACGCAAUGGUUGAAGUGCUUAUAAUCUUCUUCGCAAAAUCCUCAAUGUCUCAAUUGCUCAUUUUCAAACCGCAUUGCAAUUGAAACGAAUGGAAUAAUGAACGACAUAGACGAGAUAACGUAAAAUAAAUACAGAAACAAUACACCGCAAGAAUAAUGAACACACUAUGUAUGGGCUACACAACGGAAAGAAGGAAGGGAAAAAAUCGAUAAGAAUUACGUACGCGACCCAAAUGAAAUUUCUCGUUAUUGCCAAUAAUCCGUCAAUAUCAAAUUAAACAAAUACACACAAUACACUUGUGUAAGAACAAAUCGAAAAUGUACCAUAAACAAAUCUCAUUUCAUUCUAUGUCUAUCGAGCAAAUGGGAGAUGAUCUAAUAAAUAUUUAAACAAAAAUCUCUGGAACAAUUAAGCGACUUUUUUUAGGAAAUAUAUUUUAUUCGGCAGAAGCUUUUGCCAGCAUGUGAAAUAACGUAAUAAAUGAAUACAAAAAAAUUGCAUAUUAUUCAUAUAUACACACAUUUCCAAUGCUCACAUCAAAAAUCAUUUUCAGAAAACAUAAAAACCACAUUAAAAAAACGAAUGAACAUAGCAAAAAUUAAAUCAAAUUUAGAAUUCAAUGAAAAAAUCAUUUACCGAUUAACUUAUGUGAUUUUAUAUAACAUCUGCCAUUUAAGCUAUUAAAUUGUGAGAAAAAGAAGAAAAAAAACCGAUUCAUGUAAUAAACGAUUUGAAUAUUUCAUCAAAUGCUGAUUUUGAAUGAUCGUCAAAAAUAUUGUGACAAAAUGGAUUUUUUUUACAAAACACGGUCGAAGGAGAGAAAAUAAAUCUCUAUUGCAAUAAGCUGUCAUUUUCAACAAUUAAUCAUUUCCGUUGUUUUCAUGUCAACAUUGAAUUUUCAAAACAAAAACAACAAUAUUCAAACAGCACCAACUGUGCGAGAAGAAAAAAAAUCAACAAUCAUCGAACAAUUUGAAAUAGAUUUAAUGUAAAAUCACUUUGACAGGGCGACAAGCAAAAAAAUCUGUCCUACCCCAAACCAUGGCCCCAAUAAAUAAAUGCAUUUUAGCAGUAAAAUUAAAAUUAAAAAUUUAAUUACAUUCAAUGAAAUAUGUGGCUCAACAAUGUAAAAAGUACGAAUGAAAGAACAGUGCGACAUAGUAUAGUGAGAGCUUCUGAAUGCUUCACUUCAAUCAUUCGUAAUCGCAUCAAGCGAAGUUAGCUGACCUGCCAUAGUUAUUUGGCCAUUUUCAUCGUUCGUUUAUGCUAUUGCUUUUGUUGUUACAAGGGGUGACUAAUUGUUUUCCACUUUGUAGAAGCCUUUCGAUGGCAUUCAAAUGAGCGCGUGUUUGAUUCUCAAGUCGAGAGCAUUUUUUGAUUGUUCCAUUUUUAUUUUAAGGACUGCUGAAAGCAAAAUUGCAAUCAAUUUAAACAUUUUUCAUUUGUCACAGUUUUUUCAACGACACUCAAAAACAGAAGGUUGACAAUAUUUAUUUAAAAAAAAACUAUAUGCAUUUAAUAUCUAUUGAAAUUAAUAAUAAAGAUUCCAAACAGUACACAAUAUAUUGCAAAUCAUCCGCAUCACUUUCUCAUCAAAAAGAAUUACAAUGCAAAUCAAAUGCAUCCGGAAACAGUUCAUUGUGUCAGUGACGAUGGUAAUAGUGACGAGGACAAUGAUGAGGAGGACGAGGUUAGAGACAGCGAGAGGACAGAGAAAAAUGGGAAUUAAAUUAGAAACUAAAUUUGAGUAGCUCGCACUUGAAAUUAUGUUAAUUGAGCAUAGUUUCUAACCGCAAUGAAGCGGUUUUGAAAUGCGCUAUUAUAAAUAAUUGUGGUAAAAUCGAGCAUUUAAACUCGCCAAUGCCGUUGAUUUCAUGGUGACAAAUGCUAAACUGAUUCGAAUUCAUGCUGCUCCACUUCCUCCCCUCUCACGCACGAUUUUGAGAAUAAAAACAUAACACCCGAAUCGAAAGCACAUCGAGAGCGAUAGGGUAAGCUAGUAUCUCGUUGCUGAUGCUAAUACUUUAUGGCAGCAGAAACACACAUCGCAUGAAUUGGAGUGUGUACAUUUUCCAAUAUAAUAUCGAUGCACAUGUUGUUGAUGCAUUCAUGCGGGUGCAAGUUUGCGGUAUUGUGUUCGCAAAUACAUCAUAAAUAUUUCCGUAUUUAUUCAAAUUUUAUCAAUGUAAACUAAUCAUUUAAAUUGGCAGAGUGUGAUAUAAAGAGUUGAAUACGAGAAGGUGGCUAUAUAACUACAUGCACAUUGAAAAUAUAGUAAUGUUUCAUUCAAAAUAGUUUUGACGUAUGUCCUUGCAAUUUCGUGUUUUUUUCACUCUCUUCUUUUAUGAUUCAUUCCACGAGAUUUUGAUAAAUGAAAUGUCAAUACUUUUAUGUGUUAUUUCUUAUUAAAAAAAAUCGAUGUUUUACCAUUCGAAUAGUUUUUCUCCUAUAUUUGUUUGACAUGAACAAAAUUCAAUAAAUAUGAUUUUCAUUUUGAUGAAGAAAAAUUUCCUUUUCGAUUCCGACAUCGUCUUCUUGAAUCGCUACUCUUAUGUGUCUUUUUCCAUUUCAACCUUUAUCCCCUAUGCAAACCAUUGCAUUCAAAUCAUUCUUCGCUAAAGCAUUUUCAGCAACCUGCACGAGAAAUGAAAAAAAAAAGAAUAAAAAAUAACAUGAAAACGAACAAGAAAAAUCAUCGAAUGUUUGAACAGCCGACAAAAAGUUGGUCUCGCCCAGAAUUUUCCCUCGGUGUUUGUUAACUAGUCAAAUUUUCGUUACCGAACCACAAAUCGGAUAUUGCAGUUUGGCUUCAUUUUUGAGAUUUAAUCCCAUUUAUUAGUUUUAGAUUAGAGGAGAGAAGAAGAGGUAGAGAAUGUAUAUGUGUGUGUGUGAGAGAGAGAGAGAGAAAACUGUGGGAAAAUUUUCGGUUGUUGUGGAUCCACUUUUCGGCAUGUAAAUGGGUGUGCCAACACUAUUGAACACUAUUUGUAGAUUUAUCAACAUGGAUAAGAAGAACAAUAUUUUCAUUGAUUUAUUUGGCCAAAUUUUAAACCGAUGAUACGUAUACGUUUGUGAAUGAAAAAUCAUUUAUUAGAGAGAAGAAGAAAAACAACGAGCCAAAGGGAAGAUUCUGUUAUAUUAAUGUAGAUAAAUGAAAAUGAGUGAAAUUUUAAUCGGUAACCGGAAGAGAAAAAAACAAACAAAUGAAAAGAGAGUGAUAGAAGAGAGACACACUGAAAAUGUUGCUGAAAGUUUGAAAAAAAAGAAAAAAAAAAACAUUAUUUUGCUUACUCAAAAAGGUGCUGGUCAAAUCAAUACAUUUGUAGACGAAAACCAACCAAAAAUAUUCGCUUUCCGUUGGAAUUUGUCUAGUCUUUGUCACUUUAUAGAAUAUAUUUGUUACCCAUGAUGGUUCUCGCAGUCAUAUGACAGUUUGAAUUCUAAUCAAUACAAAACAGAAAUAAAACCGAUUUAAAAGAAAAAAAAAUUGUAAUAACUCUUGAAAUAACGUAAAAACUUGUAUACAUUUUUAAAUAGAAUUAAUUAAAUAAAUUGUAUCCAUGUAUCUCAUUGUUUUUAGAAGAUAAACAAAGAAAAAUGAAGACGAAAUGUGAAAAAAAUUGCAAACAAAAAAAAACAUUUGAAAGUCAGUCUAAAAAAUAGACGAGAAAGACAGACAAAAGUGGUGAAUAAUUGAAGAUGAAAAAAAA